CAGUGCCGCCGGUGACCAGUGACGGUUGUAUCGUGGGUCCGCUCGGUACCGGAGUGCCGGUUUUGGUGCCGGGUGGUGGCACCACCUCCACCAAUCGAAGGUGCUGAUUGCCGUGGUGGUGAUGCUGCUAUCUCAGCAGGCCCCGGGGCUGUGUUAUCGUGAACAUAUUGAAAACUUCUAUCGCGAACGAUAAGUCGCCGGUUUCGGGUAUGGCAGCUCGAUCGAAGCGAUCGCACGAUCGCACUACUACAGUUCGCCUGACCGGUUAGUUCGAAUGGCAGAUCCGACGGUGUAUGGUGUGUGUGUCUGUGUGACUGUGGCAUUUUUUUUUUAAAUAAUUGUCAAAGUGUUGCCAUCGACAAAGGCUAGUUUGAAUACGUCCGUUGCGUGGCUUACCGUUGAAGUUGACUUUCAACCGGUUCCACGUCGCUCUCGUCUACCCGGGUCAGGCUGUUGCAAAUAGCAAUAUUCGCUUUACUUACAGCCCUAGCAGCAGCAGCAACAGCAGCAGCAGUACGUUGACGAUGUUUUGUGCAGGUCAGAAAUUAGAAUCGCACCGUGCACAAUUGGCAACGCCUUGCCGGCGUGACGAAUCGCAAAAGUUCAAAACAUUUGUGCAUGCGCUUUCCUCCCCCCCCCCUCCUUGCUCGGUACUGGCGAGCUGUGUGGAAAAUAUGGCUGCAUUGAGUUCCUCACUCCACUCCCCUCCCCCCUCUGCGAAAUGCACUUUGCAGCUGCAACGAUGCAACGAGCCGUCCGCUGCUACACGCGCCGAACACACUGCGAAUGCGCUGCCGCCAUCAUUGUCACCGGGCUGGCGGGAAGGUGGUGUUUUAAAUGCUGGAUGACCGUCACGGUAGCGUUUUUUACUCCCUUUUGCGUGUGUAAGGCUGCGUGCUGCUGUACGCGUUUUGGAUGCGUUUGUUGGGUUCGUAACCACCCGCGGGAAAGAUGGUCCCGCUACCCCGUUGCGAACCUGGAAGCUCCCGAGCCAUCGCUCCCGAGACCGGGAUGGUGGGUUGAAGACGGCGAACGCAAAUAGGGCCACAAAAAGGUGGUAGCGUCUACCUUGAAACGAACGUUUCUCAACACGAAGAUCGCCUAUGUCGCGUCGGUGCGCUGGUCCGGCGGGGUCGUAAAAGUGGUGUGUUAUGUGCACUUUUAUGUGUGCAAGGCGUUUGCGCAGAUGAUGAAGCAUGAAGCAAACGUUGGGAGGUGGAAGAAAUGCAACCGAUGCACAACGUUGUGGUGCAUUUGUAGUUUUGGUUGUUUGUUGUUGUUGUUGUUGUUGUUGUUGGUGCCUGUUUGUUUGAGCCCAGUGCAGUUGGUCAUGAGUUCGGUUCUCCCGUGGGUGGGCAAAAAUUGUUGCAGCUUCCGUUCGAUAGCUUCAUGUAGCGAGAGUUCUGUGUUUAGAGGAAACCUUAGCUCAUGGAUAUACCGACUUUGUUCAUCGGCAUCAUUGGCUUUCGUUGCAUUUUGUUCCGGGUUUGAACUGCGAGACUAACAUUCGUACAAGGGUCUGCUCAAGCAAGACUUUGAAGCAUCUUUCAGGCAUAGAGCUUAGUUGAAGGACCAAAAAGCCACGCGACAGUUUUCUAAUUUUCAAGUAUAUUAUUUGCCCCUAACGCACGCCAUAGUGCGCACGGCGAGAAGGAUCGAUAUACGAUCACUGUUGACACAGGACACGCAGGCCGUGAGAUGGUAAGCAGCAAAUAUUAUGAUUGACGCAGAGCCGAGUUUUGGUGCGAUCGUGGGUGCGUACAAGUCGCCAGUUCUAGUGUCCCCGCAAGCUGGUGCGCAACAACACCCGCAGGAGCAACAGCCACAGCAGCAAGGCAUCGAUAACGGAGGUAAACAGGCGGCGGACGAUAGCGAACCACCGGACACUGGCAUUAUCGGGCCCGGUGCGCGCCCAGUAUCGGAACGAGCAUCUCCGGGCGCGUCGCGUGCGGAAAGUGAUAGUGCGGACCAUCGGGCACGUGAAGCGGACGAUCGGGAAGCGACGGUGCCGGACGCGAGUGCGACACACGACACGUUGACCGGUGGCGGAACGGCGGAAGCUGGUGCGACGAGUGCGGCGAGCGGUAACACACCCUCGGUGAUAACGUCCUGCUCGAAGGUGCUGCUCGGCACGGACACGGUAAAGGGGCCGGCGUACGGUGCGGAACAGCCGCUGCAGGAGCAGGAAGCGAGCCCGGGCUCCAGCUCACCGCCCCGCUUCUCCACCCUGCAAACCGUCAUCAACAGCAGCAGCAGCAGUGUUGGCGGCUAUCCGGCGGCGUACCAACACCACUGGCCGUGCGAUUUAACCUACAAACCGGUGGACCAUCGGCCCGUGUCGUCCCCCUCGAGCGAACCGUCCGCAGGGGAGCUUACCCGUCACCCAACGCCAUCGCGCGGCGCCUACAUCGGCGAACCGGACGUGGCCUCCUCGCCCUCCCAGGGUCAUCUGGCCGUGGUGAGCCACCUGAAUCCGCUGGUCUGCUCGACGGCGGACCCAUCCCUGCUAGGCGGAAUGCGCGGCAACCUGCUCUCGAUGUACUCUUCGUAUGCGUCUCCGCUGGGCGGUGGCCCUCACCACCAGCACGACCACCUGGACGAGGCCACGGCUCUGCACCAUCACGUACAGGCGCAGGAUGCGCAUCUGCGAGGGGACGACGAAAUGUCGGCAAUACAUCACCAUCUGCACCAGCAACAUCACCAGCAGCAGCAGCAGCAGCAUCACGCACAGCAUCAUCACCAUCAUCAUGAUGUGGUUGCCCAGCAGCACAGCAUCGACGACAUGAUUGCCGACACGCUCAAAGACGAACAGUGCGGCAUGGUCGACAGCUACCUUACCCCCACGCUGGUGAGCGAUCAUCACCAUCAUCUCGGUGACUCGCCCACCCAUCAUAACGUGCAGCAGCAUCAUCACCAUCACCAGCAGCAGCAGCAUCUGUCGCAACAUCACCUGCAGCAGCACGGCAUGCACGAAUCGAAGGAGUACGCCAGCAUGUACCACAACAACAACGACAAGAGCGUGAUCAACUACAAUCAUGCGGCCACGAUCGCGGCAGCGCAUCACCAGCAGCAGCAGCAGUCCGACCAUCACCAGCAAAACACUCACACCCAUACCAGCAGCGGUGGCGAUUCGCGCAGUCCCGAGUAUUCGCACGCGCACGACGAGUACGACGGUGGGCUGCAGAGCUUCACUCAGUUGAUAAAUGUGCCUCGAGCGAGCGAUACGGCAGCGUCGAUGUACCACCACCGCCACCCGAUGUCAGCGGAGAGUGAUGCCGGUACGGCCGCUGGCGCCACGCCGAACGGUGGCCAAACGCCGACCACCACCAACACCGCCACCUCGUCGCCCGGUCCGGCCGAUCAUCUGGUGCAGCUCGGUGGGACAGGCCCGCAGGCGGGAGGCCCCGGUGCCGUGCUGCUACAUUCGGUCGAAAAUGGUACGGGAGCCCAGGAGCCGGGCACGGUUACCGGCACCGAUGGCAGCAUCUCCCUGUACGACACGCUGCAUACGAGCGUUCUGGCGGGCGGCCCUUCGUACGGUCGCUGUUCGUUCCCGAGCAUGCAGUACUUCAACGGCAACCCGACCGAUCAUCUCUGGUCGAGCGGCGUAUCCGGUCUGGAGAACGAUUACAUGAAAGGUUCCCUGCCCGCGUUCCAGCGGAUCGUUUCCGGUACCAACACGUCCCGCACCAAUCCGUACAGUGCCGUCUCGACGUCGUACGCCCAGCAGCAGAAUGACACAUGGUCGCAGCACUACGAUACGGGCAGCAUCGCGUACAGUGUGGCCACCUCCAGCACGACCCCGGUGACGGUGAACAGGCGGGCGGCGGUGGCAGCAGCGGCCGCAGCGGCAGCCGUGGCCACCACCACCACCACGCACUUCCCAGCGGCCGCCUCCCUGACAGCACUGGCCGCAGAACAGGGCGGGGAUCUCUAUAAGAACAACUAUACCUUCAGUAACUUGACCACUCGCACCACCGAGGAGAAGCAAAGUCGACGGAUGAGCUCGGCAAGACGUGUAGGACUGCAAUGCUCUAACUGCAACACAACCAACACUUCGCUGUGGCGCCGCAAUCAAGUCGGUGAACCAGUCUGCAAUGCGUGUGGACUGUACUACAAACUGCACAACGUGAACCGUCCACUGGCGAUGAAAAAAGAUAACAUACAGUCUCGUAAGCGCAAACCAAAGGGAAGCAAAAAUAGCGAUGGUAACGGCAAGAGUAACGCUAGUAACGCUUCGGCUAACCGUCAGACCAAUUCGAGCAGUAGCAGCCUAGCCGAGACACCGAAGAAAACAGAUGGCCUCAAGUUGAUGAACAUUGCGGAAAACUCCUCCUUCGACAAGCUGCUGCCAUCGUCACCGUCAAGCGAGGGCAGCAAUCAGUCGCCCGCGCACCAUAACCAUAUGUCCCCGAUCUGCUACACGCAGCAGGUCCCCUCGCCAAUCACCAGCACUUCCUCGAGCGGCGCAAUCGUCAGCAACAGCAAAUAUAACAACCAGCAACCCAAAGCCACCAAUGCCUUUUUGCUACAGUCGCCCACACCGAUGAACAUGUUCGUCGGCAGUCCCACGGGCGGUAUCGGGUCGGGUCAGCAUCACCACCAUCAGCAUCAUCAAUCCACGGCUGCCGCUGCCACCGGGGCACUGAGCCCGGUGAGCUACAGUAUGGCGGGCGUUGGGCAUGGAAACAAUAACGGAUCGAUCGUUAGCUCCAAGUAUCAGCAAAGCCCACCGCAAUCGCCCGAGGACAUGCUGUACUACGAUAUGCUGCCGGCCGAUGUGAACGGUAGCGUCGAUCAGCACUCGCUGGGCACGAUUGUAAAGAUGGAACCGAUGGGUGGAAAUCACUACGCCAGCUACCAGCAGGCACUGCACCACGAGGGUCACAUGGUUGGAACGCUUGGCCACGGUCAGCACGCACCGGGAGCGCACAAUCACAGCCGCAGUCCUUCGGUCGCGGAUGAGGAGAGUGAACAGGCUCACGGGCAGCAGGAGAUGAUCGAGAGCAAGCACAACAUCAACCGCCCGACCGUGGUAUCGAUGACGCGAUAAGGUGCUGGAACAGGUGACGUGAAUGGCGCGAAUUGUCACACGUGUACAGAUGGACGAAUCUCGAAUGGUCGUUUGUUUCUGUCUUCAGGGAAGCUUCUCAUACCAAAUGAACUGAAUAACGCAAAAGACUCGACGAAUGUUAAGAACAUGUUAAGAAUGUAGGAUUAAAGCGUUAGCUCUACUGCACGUACAGCACCGCACACGCACAAUGGGUUAGCUGUAAGAAGAUGGUGGAGCAAUGCAGCAGAAAGAUGGGAACAAUGCAUAUCCACCGAAAGGAGUGCGAUAUUGUCCAUUCCUCAAUUAGUGCAAUUAUGACAUUAGGUGUAAUGUAGUAUAAAGCAACAACCACACAAAAAAAGAACACUAUCCGACACUCUACCACCGUUUGGUUAGUUGUCAUUUACUUUAAGCUACAGAAAGGAUGGGUCGAGUGUAUCUUCUAAUCACGUCAAUGAGUAACAAUCUCUUAGCAAAUAUUAUGCAAUUUCUUUAUGAUGUAAAUGUUUUGAUCUGAUCGAAUGCAGGGGAUAUUAACAUUAGAAUAGCUGUAUAUAAUGUUCCGAAUUACUCUAGCAUCGAGCUGGAAAGCAAAACAAAAUGUACAGAAAUUAUCUGCUCUCUGGAUACUUCGCAAUCGUUCCAAAUUUGUUUUUAGCAUACAGUAGCAUAGCAUUAAGUUUGAAAAGUGCUGGCGAGUGGAAUGUGUGUUAAAAGGAAAACAGUUAGCCAAGUUUUGUAUAAUAAUCGUUUGUUCAGUCCUAUUUUUGCAAGAUAAUUUUAGGUUUUUUUUUAAAUGAGCAAUCAAUACAACUCGUAAUAAUUCUAGACAUUUAAUUCAACAUGAAAUAAUAAACAUAAUUUUAAAUAUAAA